AUGCCCGACAAGGCUAGGGUCAGGAAUUGUUCUUUUUCGCUGUCGCUGUGGAAGUGGUUUACCUGCGGGUGGGACCGUAAACAACAACAGCAUCUACAUCAGCAGCAGCAGCAGGAGAAGCAGGGAGCAGUACCCAACAGUCUCAGCCUUGGGUUGGAGAAAGAAAAAGAGUGUUGUCGGGCUGCGUUACUCUAUUCUGACUCCGACUCUUCCUUUCGUCCUCAAACAUCCACUACUACUUCCACUACUACCACCUGGGAAGACAUCGAUCCUCCUGCUGAGUACCUUACCCAACAGCAGCAGUAUACCCUCUCCGAACCCUAUCCCACCACCACCACAACCACCCCCAACAACAACAACAACAACAACAACAACAACAACGACUACUACACAACCACACCACCACCAUACCCAACCACUGCCACCGAGCCAACCACCUACAAAAUGCUCGACACCAAUUCCACCCACACCCACCCCAACACAGCUCCAAUGCUGUCCACCCUCCCCGGUUACAACGACGUGAGCGGCGCCGUCAUCGUCUCCUGGGACGGCUUCCCCCAUUUCCUCUCCCCGCAAGAAGAGGAAGACCGCCGUCUGAACCUCCAGCGUGCCGUCCAGGAGAAGAUGCUGGGCUUGCCGCGCCAGACCCCCUUUGAGUGGGAGCGUCCUGUCUCGGACUGUGAUGCCCGGAGCGUCUCGUUGCCGAAGUAUGAGCCGCGACAGAGCCAUGGCCAUGGCCAUAACCAUAAUCACAAUGUGGAGCAGAAUCGAAAUGGGGAUCUGGUGAUGGUUCAGGUUGUGAGGGGUAAGAAGGCGAGGUCAUCGGUGCGGUGA